CACCUCACAAUUUCACACCAAUGAGCAUGCCGCAUGUAGCUCCCACUCACUGGCAUCAGAAACACUAGAUAUCUUCAGUGCUGAGCGGUACAGUUUCACACAAAUACACAACAGCAUUGGCUAGACGGAGGCUGCGUUCAGCCAAAAGGCACGUUGGGGAUAGGCAGUGAUAAAAAAAGAGGGGGAGAAAGAGUCCAGCUGCUCUCUCACACCGGACUCAAGCAAGAUUUGCACCAUGAAGACCAGACUAGGCUGCCUGUCCCACAAAUCUGACUCCUACAAUGACUUCUCAGAAUUCCUGCCUCCAGCCCACGAAACCACAGCCAGGUGUCUGAAGCUAUCAACCGAUGAAGUUGUUCGAUGGUCUGAGUCGUUCGAUAGCCUCCUCACUCACAAGUAUGGGCUGGCAGCUUUCCGGACAUUUCUUAAGUCAGAAUUCAGUGAUGAGAAUAUUGAGUUUUGGAUGGCCUGUGAAGACUACAAAAAAAUCAAGAGCUCAGCUAAGCUGGUGUCAAAAGCAAACAAGAUAUUUAAGGAGUUUGUUGAGGUUCAGGCACCAAGAGAGAUUAACAUUGACUACCGUACCAGGGAGAGGACUAAGCAGAGCCUGGCGGAUCCCACCCCAACCAGCCUCAAUGAAGUCCAAGGUAAAAUCUACAGCCUCAUGGAGAAAGACUCCUACCCACGGUUUCUCAGGUCCAAGAUGUACCAGGAUAUAGUCAACAGGGCACAAGCGCGAGGACAACGAAGGUCUGUUUGACAAACAGUGGCAAUAAAACUGGACCUCUACUGUAGAUCAUUUAUCCUUUGAAAUCUCUUAAUACUGUGAAUCUGCAAGGAUGGGGUGACCUGCUUGACUGUUUCCUUUAUCAACACCAGCUCCAUGCAUGCAAUCCCUCUAGAUAAAACGUGUCUCUGUGGACUGCAAUAUACAGUACAAUGAGUGUGGAUGAUUAUAAGCUAAUGGUUUGCUGAGCAAUCUGUCUGAAAUAUCAAAAUAAAAGUACAGUAUCAUGCAAUAAUGAUAGUUAUCACAAUAUUUGCUAUGUAUUGUUAGUUCUUUAGCUAUGUAAGUAAUUUAUUUUUAUAUCAGUCAUGCACUGUGUGAUUAUAGCCCAAAUAUUCAUGUUUGGGCUAUAAACUCAAAUAAAAGACUCAAAUAAAGACUGGUAAGUGGUAGUUUGAAUUGAUAUAUGCAUUUCUGUAGUAAAGAAACUUUACAGUCAAUAAAGAAAUCAAAUGAGUUGUAAUCAAAUAGUCCUGAAAGCAAAAUGUGUGAUAAACAGCCCUUUAUGGUAAUCACCAUGUCCUUAGACUUGAGAGACCAGACACCAAACUUCAUAUCACAGCAAGCGGUUGGAUUAUGAACAACAACAUAUCUGUGUGUGUGUGUGUGUGUGUGUGUGUGUGUGUGUGUAGGUGUGUGUGUGUGUGUGUGUGUGUGACUGAUUACUGUGGUUGUGCACUGUGAAUUUUCAACAUCCUAACAGUGAACAUUCUGCAACCUGAAUCUGAAGCUUUUUGGCCUUGCCAACACUAUUUUUUCUCACCAACUGCCUACUUCCCAAAUUUGACUUGUCCAGUCCAAGUAGUCAUGAUGUGACCACUUGGACUGAUCUGCAAAAAGCAGAGGCGGUGAAGAGGUGUGCAGAAUUCUAGCCAAACUAAAACUGAGUUAUUAUUCUUUUUAUUUUUAUAACUACAUUUUCUUUCUCUCCUUCUUUUUGUUGGUAGAGUCAGAAAUUUGUGAUCGCACCUUCUGUACCUCUGUGACUGCAGUUGGUCAGGAAUUUGUACAUUUUCAGAGCAAAAUAAAUAAUUAUUCUGGUUGUGGCCCGUUCACAUUCUUUUAUUGUGUCUUUUAGAUAUAUUGCAACCAGUAACUCUUCUUAAUCUGAAUGGUUAUUACACAUAGAAACCAGGUGUUGGUUUAAGCAACACAUUUUAAAUACUCCUUGGUUGAAAUAGAUAACGUUUUCCUGGAUAAUAAACACCACAGGUUUUAUAAAAGUCACUGGGUGGCCUACAUGUUAUAUGUUGUUUUCCAACUUAUGCAUCUACCCCAACCCUCUCUCUGUGGACUUUGCAGCCCUGCAUCACCCUUCUUAUUUGCUUUCAUUAUAUUACUCUGCCAAGUAGAGGGUGCUAUCACAAUAAAACAUGGGUCACAGCAAGCAGCACAAAUCUUGUGCAGGGUGUCUUUUUCAAUAGGAAGAGGGUGUCUCUGCUUUAUUUUCUCUCUUUUCAAAGAGUACACUGGAUUUACUUUGCAAUGAAUAUUUCUGAUAUAUUUUAUCACUGAGGCAACUAUAUUGUGGUAAUUAUCAUUAUUGCUUUAUUGCUCAGCCCUGCCACUACUUGUCUUACCUUCUCUGUGAAAUAGACAGUUGUAUGCAGGUAAUUAUACCUGUUGUGGUAGUUUGUGUGUUUAAAAUGAACAACUAAGUGAGUGACCACUUAAUAGCUGAAACUGUGCCAAAAUAAUCAAUUGCACUUUGAUGUUGUUAUUGCAUAAUACUGUGUAUCUAUACUGCAGGUAAUCUGUCAGCUCAUUUCACUCAGUUCAACAGGCAGACGUUAGCUUUCACUUCUUUUCUAAAUGAUGAAAAUGGUUUAGGCAGUCAAAGAUUCCUGGAUGAAAUUCUCUUCAUUAUUUCUGAUGAUUUGGUGGGUUUAACAUAUGUCACUGAACUGUCAUGAGUUUUUUAUGGAUUAUCGACUACCAAAAAAGUUUCCAAGCAGAGUUAAAGAGUAAUUUAAAUCCUAUUCUAAAAUGGAUUGAUACCUGAUUAACCAAAACAUGCAGCAUAAACAGCAGACGCUCCAUCAAGGUUAAAAUUAAAUACAGCGUUCUGCUGACACUCUUCCACUGAAUUCCAUCCAAUCUUUUCUGAAAAUAGUUUUCUGCAUGAUGCAAUACUCAGAUUUACUGUUUAUAUAUUCUUAAACAUGUACAGUAUGUUAAACAAAUACUGCAGAUAACUUUAUUUAUAAUAUGUCAGUGUGCUCCUUCAGCAUUUGAUGUGUUUCUGCAUUAGAUAUGCUCCUUAACUUACCAAUCCUUUAAAUGAAUUAAAUGCAAAACUCUCCUGAGCACUUAAAGAGUGGUAAAUAUUUUCUUUAGUGCAUGUGUACCACAUAGGCCAGCCUGUUUGAAAUGCCAGAAAAUGGAUAAAGAUUUUUAAAAAAGCAUACUGCCAUAUAUGGUAUGUUACUGUGCUCCACAUGAAUGUAAUCUCCCUCUUCUUCUCUUUGCAUUAAAAAAAUUAAUCUGCAUU